GACGGUCCAGAACCCGUCUUCUCAGAGGAGGACGUCACACGGAGGAGGCCUCAUCCCAGCUUCAGGAAGCACAAAGAUCUGGAAAAGCUUGUGCUGAAGCUGGCAAAAGAGAAAAAAUCCAAGCUGACGUGUUACGUUGUCGCAGCGGGGCUUCAGUACGGAAUGGAGGAGGACGUGUUUCACUACUUUUUUAAGGUAUCGUGGUUAAUGCAGCUUCCAAAGGUUCCUAUAUUUGGAAACGGCACCAAUUACAUUCCCACGAUUCACGUUUACGACCUGGGAGGAGUCGUUCAAAAUGUGCUGCAGCUGAGACCGAAGACAAACUACAUCCUGGCUGUGGAUCAUUCCAGGAACACUUUAGGAGAUAUCGUGAAGACGAUAAGUGACGUACUCGGACCAGAAGAAGUCCACAAGAUGUCGCUGCAGGACGUCGUCACCAUGAAGGCUGUGACGACUCAGCAGCUGGACUGUCUGAGCAUCGACCUCUGCCUGGAUGCUGUGAUGGUGAACGACCUGUUGAACCUGAGCUGGACGUGUCCCUCUGGGAUGGUGGAGAACAUGGAGAACAUUGUGCAGGAGUACAAAGACUGCAGGCAGCUUCUGCCAGUUAAACUCUGCCUGCUUGGACCUCCAGCUGUGGGGAAAAGCACGGUGGCUGAGAAGCUCUGCCAGUACUACAGGAUACACCACGUCCACGUCCACAGCCUCCUGGAGGAGACAGACACACAACGGCAGGAGAAAAGAACCGGAGCUGAUCCUGAACAUGAAGCUUCAGCUGCUGGAAACAUGAGCUUAGAAACAACUGAAGGUCAGCUGGAUGAACAGCAGAUCUGUGAGAUUUUACAGGAAAAGCUGGAGUCUAAAGUCUGCAGGAACCACGGCUUUGUUCUGGAAGGCUUCCCUCACACCUAUGAUCAGGCCAAGAGGAUUUUCUCUGCUGAGGAACCAGAGACGCAGGACUCAGAGCCCAUGUCCAGAACCCCUUGGUACAACAAGAUCAUCACUCCAGAGCACGUGUUCGCUCUCGAUGCCUCCGACGACUUCCUGACUCGUCGAGUUCAAGCUCUUCCAGAGAGCGUGGCAGAGAAGACACACCUCACUCAGGACCGGUUCCUUCCUCGUCUGCAGACGUUCAGACGACUGAACCGGGCCGAGGACACGCUGCUGGACUUCUUCCACCAGCGUGAGAUUCACCCACAACAUAUAGAUGUUUCCACAGAUGAUCCAGAGUGCACACAUGUUCUGAAGAAGAUAAAGGAGAUCGUGGGGGUUCCUAAGAACUACGGAGCGAGUCCAGAGGAGCAGGAGGAGGAGGAGCAGAGGAGAGCAGAGGAGAGGAGGCAGAGCCUGGCUGCAGAGGCCGUCCAGAGGAAACACAGCAGAGCAGCAGCUCUGGUGGAGCUGGCAGCUCAGCACGAGGACUGGCACAGGAACCUGCUGGAGGUGAGGCGACAGCAGGGAGAGCUGCUGGGAGCUCAGGCUCUUCCUCUGAGGAACUACCUGAUGAAGCACGUGAUGCCUUCACUGACCCAGGCCAUGUCCGAGUGCUGCCGGGUCAAACCCCACGACCCCGUGGACUUCCUGGCUGAACAUCUUUUACACAACAAUGAAGAUCAACACUAGGUGGCGCCGACGUCUCAUUUAAAUUAUUGUUCCAUAUUUUCAUUAAAACUUUUAGUAAAUGAUUUUUUAUGACAUUUAAAUGUUUGUGAGUUGAACUAGUGAGACUUUAGACAAGUUCUGAUAAAGUUGUAAACGUUAUAAAGUAAAAUGUGUUUCCUGUGAA